GCCAGGCGCAGCCCAGGAGCGCGGCGCUCGUCCAGAAACAGCCCUGGGCCCCGACCACCCGCGGAGAGUACGUGGUCGCCAAGCUGGACGACCUGAUCAACUGGGGACGACGGAGCUCCUUGUGGCCGAUGACCUUCGGCCUGGCCUGCUGCGCGGUGGAGAUGAUGCACAUGGCUGCUCCCCGGUACGACAUGGACCGCUUCGGGGUGGUGUUUCGGGCCAGCCCCCGGCAAGCUGACGUCAUGAUUGUGGCCGGCACCCUGACGAACAAAAUGGCUCCUGCUCUGAGGAAGGUGUACGACCAGAUGCCCGAGCCGCGCUACGUGAUCUCCAUGGGGAGCUGUGCCAACGGCGGCGGGUACUACCACUACUCCUAUUCUGUCGUGAGGGGUUGCGACCGCAUCGUCCCAGUGGACAUCUACGUUCCAGGCUGCCCGCCCACUGCAGAAGCCUUGCUGUAUGGAAUCCUGCAGCUUCAGAAGAAAAUCAAGCGGGAGAAAAAGAUUCAGCUCUGGUACAGGAAAUAGCCUCCUUUAUUUAUGACCCAGCCACUCAUGCUACUCUGAUAAAGCACCUGUGUUACGCACAUCACAGCUAUAUUCUGCACAAGCUUCGUAAUAAAGUUUUGCCUCUUCAGUUGACUCUCGUCUUUAAUGCUGUCGCUCGGUUACUUUAAAAAGGGUCCUGGCCUUGACUGAAAUGGCUGGGAAGCGUUAAGUCUAACGAGGCUGAGAGCUGGCCGUUGUGUGGGUUAAAUAGCUCGUGUUGAGAGGGGAGGGCGAGUCAUGAAAUGAUUAUCUGCUCUUAUGGAACAAACGUCCGCGGCAGAAGACGGGAAGGCUGCAAGUGCCCGCUGCUUUCGGCGGGGACCGCAGGCUCUCUGAGGCAGCAGUGCGGUUGGAGUGCAAGGGUGGGAGCCCUGGCAGUGUUUGGACAGACUGAGCAUGGAAAGCUGCUGCAGAUACACGGACAAGCGUCCAGCUGUCAGAGCUUCUUUGCGUGCCCUUCAAACCUGUUGCUUAAUGCUAAAAGCUUUAUAUUGCCCUGCCAUAGAUGUGUUUGUUCUUUUUUUCCCCUUUCCUCCAGUGAGAUCGGGACUGACCUGCCUUGGCAGCUUCUCCACAGGUGCGAUGCUUCUGGAGCAAGUCUCGAGCUUGUUCUAACCCAGACUGCCAGAAAUCCCGGCUCUGGGCCUGCAGGAAGCACGGCUGCAGGCAGACGACUCAAUGGGGGGCUCUUACAUUCUUCAGUACAUUCUAGCACUCCAUGAACCUCUUUAGGCUGUGAUGCUUAUAUCUGAGGGGAUCGUGCCCCCUCUUCCCAGCUUUCAUUCUUAGUCUUACCUUAGCUUGGUCUCUAAUAUUUCCUGCUAACUAGAACUUUUUUCUCUGACUUCCUCCUGCUUUGAGAGCCUGGAUAGGAGGUGCCCAGUACAGUCCUCCAGAGACUGUAGCACCACAGUCACUUGUUUCCUUGUUCCACGUCCGUGCAUACAGCACAGCUAGGUGUAGGUCUCGUUCCUGCUUUAUGCCGUGUCAUUCCUUAUAAAUCAGGUCACUAUUUUUAUGCCACAGUCUCUAGCACCACCACUACUGUCCCGCUGACCGUGUGAACCCACUGAUGUCUCUUGAAAGUGGAGCUCUCUGGAGCAGGAACCCCCUUUAUGUUCUGCUCAGCACCCAGCACGCAGGCCCAGGGCUGCGACUCGGUCUCCUAAGGGCCGUGGCAAUACGCGUUUGCUGUCGGCACCCGCUCCAUGCAGAACCUUGACCCACCGCGCUACAGCAAGGGAGCUGCCCUCAGAUGGGGGAAGGGGCGCGUGCUGCUUCAUGGAUCACGAAAGGCUGGAAAAAUGUAACGAGAUGAGUGCUAAGCUCCAGUGAGCCAGCCACGACGGGGACAAGAAGCAGGGCCGAGUUGUGCGUGCGUUGGAGGGAUCAACAUAAAUGACUCCAAAGUCUCCGCUGUAGAUUUCCAAGUCAAUUUAAUGUCUCCAGUGUUUGCAUGACCGGCACAUUGCCCACCCUUUCUGUGCGGAGCUGGGUAAUUAUUCAUGCGGUAAUAAACUUCCAGGAAGGUCAAAAGAAUCUGUUACCAAAAUCUGAUUAAAAACGGCAUUAGUCAAAAAAAAAAAAAA